UGUGCAGGGGCCGCCUUUGCCAGUGUCCUCUGCGGUGCCCUCGGCGUCUGACAGCCUCAGGUGCCUCCCCCGCGGGCGCGACGUUGCGGGGCCACCAGUGCUUCGUCCAGGGCCUUGGCUUUGGGGUCGCUUCCACUCUGCACACUUAGAUGAGGUUGAUUUUGGCUCGGGGGGUCGAGAGCCACCUGACGCAUGGUCAAGCCCACUGGGGCGUCAGGUUCUAGGUGCCCAUGAGCUCCCCCGGAGGAACUUCUCACAACAAACAGUUCCACCCUCGGCUAAGUAUGGCGGGCGACACACGGUGACCAUGAUCCCCGGGGAUGGCAUUGGCCCGGAGCUCAUGCUGCACGUGAAGUCCGUGUUCAGGCAUGCGUGUGUGCCAGUGGACUUUGAAGAGGUGCACGUGAGCUCCAGCGCUGACGAGGAGGAUAUCCGCAAUGCCAUCAUGGCCAUCCGCAGGAAUCGCGUGGCCCUGAAGGGUAACAUCGAAACAAACCAUAAUCUGCCACCAUCCCACAAGUCUCGGAACAAUAUUCUUCGCACCAGCCUGGACCUCUAUGCCAACGUCAUUCACUGUAAGAGCCUGCCAGGCGUGGUGACCCGCCACAGGGACAUUGACAUCCUCAUUGUCCGGGAGAACACAGAGGGCGAAUACAGCAGCCUGGAGCAUGAGAGCGUGGCGGGAGUGGUGGAGAGCCUGAAGAUCAUCACCAAGGCCAAGUCCCUGCGCAUCGCAGAGUACGCCUUCAGGCUGGCCCAAGAGACCGGGCGGAAGAAAGUGACGGCUGUGCACAAGGCCAACAUCAUGAAACUGGGCGACGGGCUCUUCCUCCAGUGCUGUAAGGAGGUGGCGGCCCGCUACCCCCACAUCACCUUCGAGAGCAUGAUUGUGGACAACACCACCAUGCAGCUCGUGUCGCGGCCCCAGCAGUUCGAUGUCAUGGUGAUGCCCAAUCUCUACGGCAACAUCGUCAACAAUGUGUGCGCCGGGCUGGUCGGGGGCCCUGGCCUCGUGGCUGGCGCCAACUACGGCCACGUGUACGCCGUGUUCGAGACGGCCACCAGGAACACGGGCAAGAGUAUCGCCAACAAGAACAUUGCCAACCCCACGGCCACACUGCUGGCCAGCUGUAUGAUGCUUGACCACCUCAAGCUCCACUCGUACGCCGCCUCCAUCCGCAAGGCCGUGCUGGCAUCCAUGGACAAUGAAAACAUGCACACCCCGGACAUCGGGGGCCAGGGCACGACCUCGGGAGCCAUCCAGGACAUCAUCCGCCACAUCCGCAUCAUCAAUGGCCGCGCUGUGGAGGCCUAG